ACAUCAAUCUUACAUCAGUCUUACAUUGCAAAUGAAAAAAGAAAAGUCUUACAUCAAUAAAUGAAAAAGAAAAUUUUUCUUACCAAAAAAAUGAACAAGUUAAAUAGAGAUAUUCUUUAUUUGAUAUUCAAAGAAUUGCGAGACAAUAAAAAGUCACUUUGUUCAUGUCUUCCAGUUAAUAAAGAAUUUUGUGAAAUAGUUAUCCAAAUAUUAUGGAAAAACCCUUGGAAAUACUUAGAAUAUGAAAGGGAGAGCCUAUUGUUAAAUACAAUUAUUUCACAUUUAUCAAAAGAAUCAAGAAAUAACUUAAAGAGUCAUGAUAUUUAUCCUCUAAUAACCUUAUAUGAAAAUCUUUCAUUCAAUUAUAUCGGCUUUUGUAAAUACUUAAAUUUGAGUAUAAUUAAUAAGAUAAUUUAUUUAUUUAAAUUUCAUGAAAUUUCAAUUAUUCAAAAUGAAAUAAUCAAACUUUUUAUCAAUGAAAAUACAAAAUUCACACACCUUUAUGUACCUCAAGAAUUCAAUUAUCAAAUAAAUCUUAUUCCUGGAGCAAAGCAAUGUUUUUCUGACAUCAUAUUUCUUAGCUGUAAUGUUGAUAUGAACGAUAACGUUUUAACUGGAUUAACAGAAAUAUGCGAAUCAAUUAAAGAAUUGGAACUUUAUAUUAAAGAGAAAAACAAUAAUUUUGGUGUUAUUAAAUUAAUUGAUAUCCCUAAAAAAUUAAUUAAUGUUCAUAUUCAUAAUUCAUACUCUAAUAAUCCAAAUAUUAAUAAUAAUUCAUUUAAUAAAAUUCUUGAAAAUUCAUUGAUGAAACACGCACAAAUCAUACAACAUUUUAAGAUAAAUGCACCACCUAUUACAAAAAUCCUUACAACUUUUGUAAAUUUAAAAGAACUAGAAUUGGAUGGUAGUUAUCAUUAUCCAUGGAAUUGCUUAGAGAACUUAUCUUUACCUUUAUUACAAACUUUAAAAACUAGAGCUAUUCCAGUCGAAAUAUUAGCAAGUUUAAUUGAAAAUACAAGUGGAUAUCUUACCAAAAUAAGUAUUGAUUGCAUAUUAUAUGAAGAGAGGAUUCUGAUGUGCGGCGACUUUGUCGCCGCUAGUAGUAAUUAA